AUGCCGUCGGCCCCCGGCUCGGCCUCACUUGCCGCCGGCGACUUUUUCGCCACCGGCGCCCUCUCUGUCGUUGCCGCACCCCCGUCCGGCGGAGACAUCAUCGCCUUCCGCGCCGCCUCGCCGGGGGUCUUCGAUCAGCCGGUUGUUCUUUCCUCGGCCGAGUUCGUCGGGCCCAAGCUUGUGCGCGCUGCCCACAUCACCCAUGACUCGUACCCGGACAUUGUGGUGGCCAACUCGGGCCCGUCCCCCGAGCUCGCUGUCCUCGUCAACAUCAACCAAACUUCUGGGGGCUUUGAGCGCGUCCGCAUCUACACGGCGAUCAGCAACGUGCGCGACAUGGUUGUUGCCGCGCCUGCCGGCGACUCGGUCCUCCAUCUCUUCUACAUCGAUAAUUCUGGCACCAGGGCCAUCGCCGGUCUCGCACAGCUUGCGGCUCGGAAGCAGGCAGGCGUUUCGGUUCCGGUUGGGCACAUCGGAAUGGCCAUGGCAUUAGCCACAGGCGACACCAACGGUGACGGCCUCACCGAGGUUGUCAUCCUUCAAGACACAGGCAUCAAGGCCUUGAGGAUGAACGCCACCAGCACUCAAGUGCUCGAGCACCGGUGGCUUGUUGACUUUACCCCCGAGCGGCUGCCUACCUCGAGCUCGGCCUCCAUUGCAGUUGCUGACUUUGAUAGCGAUGGCCGUGACGAUGUUGCUGUUGUUGUUGCCGCCUUGGACACCGUCACAGUCUACCUUGCCUCCCAGGCCCCUCCGCUUGUUGUCGAUCCCGCUUUCGAUGGCGUUGAUGUCGUGCGCGCCUGUGACAUCAACAGCGAUGGACUGCCCGACCUGGUUGCUGCUGCCUCGACGGGCGACACCAUUCGUGGCUAUUCUGGUCUCGGGGUCGACGGCUUUGUUCAAACACACGCCGCUGUUGCUUUGUCGCUGCCCUCUGUCCACACCCUUCUUGUCCACGACUUUGAUGCCGAUGGCACCGACGAUGUCAUGGCUUCCUCACUCGUCGCAUCCGACUUGUUUGCGUGGUACCCCUCGAAACGUCCUGCGGCUGCCUCAUGCUUUGCCGCCUCUCCUGCCGUUAUUGCCGCCACUGCUGUCGGAGCGGACGUUGUUGCCGCCGUGGACAUCAAUGCUGACGGCUUUGUCGACAUUGUCGCCCGGACCUCUGCAACAGAUCUUGUCGUUUACAUCAACGUCGACGGCCGCGGAGGCUCCUGGCUAGCACAACCCAGCUCGGUGGGGAUGGUGAGCGCUGAUCCAAACUUGCGCACUGUUGUCGACGUCAACAACGACGGCUUUGUGGAUGUGCUUUCCUCGAAUACCGUUUUCCCUGGCGGUGAUCCUGGUGUUCCUGGGGACUACUUUCUCUUUACCAGCCAUGUUGUGUUUACCAUUCUGUUUGACCCUGUCAGCGCUCUCGUCGCCGACUUGGACGGCAACAGCUUCUCGGAUGUCGUGGCCUUUACCACCACUGCCGUCCUUUGGGCCGAGCAAGAGCAUACUAGAACAUGGAAGCUUGCUGUGCAGCUCUUUGCUGUUGACACGCUCACAGCUGGAGCAGUGGGAGACAUGGAUGGUGAUGGAGCGGUAGACUUUGUCUACGCCGACGCUGCCAGUGGGCACAUGCUGUGGCGUUCCAACAACGGGCCGCCGCUUGUAGGCCCGCCGAUGCCGGCAGCUUCCCUCGCCAACGUCACCGCCAUCGUUGCUGCUGAUGUUGACGCUGACGGCUCGUGUGAUCUUGUGGCCACCGACUCUGGUGGCGGUGCAUCGUUCGCCUUUCCAGCUGUUGUCGACUUUGUUGCGGACUCGACGUUCCCGUCGGUCUUAGUCGUCGAUCUUGACAGUGACAACGACGCAGACAUAGUGGCUGUCAACGACAAGAGUCCUGGCUUUGUUGCAUGGUACGAGUUUACAAGCGCCGGCAGCUUUUCGCCACGCAUUGUUGUUGUGGCCGGCAGCGGCUUUGAUCGGGCCGUUGUCGGCGACAUCGACGGCGACUCGUUCCUCGACAUCAUCGUUUCGUCGGCCUCGCUGGACAAGAUCUCUUUCUUUGCCGCGCGGCCUGCGCCCAACUGGCAGCCGCAUGCUGUUCGCCACCUUGCCUCGACCAACUUUCGUGACAUUGUCCGUGCCACUCACAUGACAUGCUCGUCUGCUCGGGUCAUCCUUCCUCCGGACGCCGUCAUCGGUUUCUGCCCGUCGCGCAGCCACGCACUCAUUCCAGCUGGGGCACACGUUCACAUUCAAGCUAGUCCUGGCUCGCAUGCCACGAUUGAUUGCGGAUCCAACGGCGGGCUCUUCUUUGAUGUCCGCGGCAGGCUCUCGGUGACCAACGUCGACUUUGCCAACGGCACCGCCGGCACAUCCCUCACGGCCGCAUCGCCGUUGCGAGUCACAAAUUCGGCCGCAUCGCUCUCUCUGCUCAACUGUACUGUAUCACGAUGCUCGACGGCCACCACGUCCCGACUGCUGCUGUACGCCGGCCUCGGCGGAGCUGUCGCGGUCGUCGACGGUGCAGGGCUCAAGCUCGACGGCGUGUUGCUCUCUGACAACACCGCCGCUGUGGCCGGCGGCGCCGUGGCCGUUGUCGGCGCUGGCUCCUUUGUCUCGGCAGCCAACACCGUCUUUACCCGCAACGUUGCGCUCGGGACUUCUGCCGAUCGUGGCGGUGGAGGAGGCUUGUUUGUUAUUGGCGGCACACUAUCGGCUUUGGACAACCUUCACGUCGUACACAAUGAGGCGCGCCAUGCCUCGGGUGGCGGGGUGCUUUCAGACUCGGGCAUACUUUUGCUCACGCACGCUGUGGUCUCUGGAAACUCGGCCGCACUUGCGGGUGGAUGUUUUGCGCUUCGAUCCUCUGUCGCGCUUGUCAACGAUGGAAUCCUGGGUGGCUGCACUGCAGCCUUUGGUGGCUCGGUGGCGAGCAUCGCUACUGACUACUCGUUUCCAUCCCGCCCGACGCUCUCGGCCGUCCAUCGAUUCUCUGGCCCUGCAGGCACAUUUCCGAGUCUACAAUUGGCAAGAACCGAGUUGCAGAGCUCGUCGGCGCCGUUUGGGUGUGACAUGUUCCUCUGCGGUGAGCCUGUGGACGUGCGCCCGCUGUCCCCGGCACUGCUCGAUGUACUGGCCUGUGUCUCGCCGGGUAGCACGCCUGACAUCCCGCCGUCGAGCUGGCUCACCACUUCAGCGAGUACGACGGCGAGCUGGAGUACACCGCCGAUCUCGCUCGUGGCAACGGCCGGAACGUUGCCGCGGAGCGUCAUCUCCGGCACUGCACUCGGCAGUGGCGAGUUCAAGGUGUAUGAUACCUUUGGCAACCCUGUACUCGACCCGGCGCUCGUGGUGAGAGCAUCCACAAGCACGUCCAAUGUCGAGCUCGGCAAGCUUCUCACCGGCGCCGGCUUUGACCCGCGAUCGCAAAGUGCGUUUGUGGGUCAGCUCGAGAUCGUCGGAGCGCUAGACGUGCUCGACGGUGACACACUAGUCGAGCUCCCAGUCUCGGUUGUCUUUGCGCUCGACGGCGAGCCCGCGGCCGAGCCACCGAUGCUUGUUCACGACUUGCUUGUCACCAACUGCCCCUCCGGGUUUGGGCGUGUGGCCAGCGCCGUUGCGAGCGAGCUGGUGUGUGGCAAGUGCUCGGCCGGCGGCUACUCAGCCGGCGCGUCGUCGGCGCCGUGCCUGGCGGUGCCCGAGUGCCCGGACCACACGGUUCGGAUGGAAGCGCCGUCGGCGGUCAACACAUCGGUGGCGAUUGUGCCGUGCACGUGCUCGCCGAACUACUGGGUUCCUAGCGGCGUAGUUGAUCGCCCAUGCGUUGCCUGUCCGCGCGGCGGGGUGUGUCGCGGUGGGCUUGCCGUGCCUGUUGCCGCACCAGGCUUCUUCCCCGACUCGAGCGAUCCUACUCUGUUUGUCGCGUGUCCGACGCCUGAAGCCUGCGCUGGCAGCGGCGACUGCCGUCCCGGAUACGCAUCUCGGCUCUGUGCCCAGUGCGCGUCCGGAUACUACCGGUUGGCUGGGCGUUGCCACAAGUGCACGCCAGGCGUCAACGCCAUUGUUCUUGCCGUUUUGGUUGUUGGUGUGCUGGCAGUGGUCACCACCUUUAUUGUCUUCAACCUCUCGCCUAGCGUGAGCUACAAGUUUGCAGCGGCCAUGAUCGGGCUCAACGGUUUGCAGAUCUCGGCCAUGUACGGUCGGCUCGAGCUAGAGUGGGGUUCGUUUGCGCGAGUCUACUUUGACAUUGCCUCGGCACUCAACGUCAACAUUGAGCUUAGCUCGCCCGAGUGCUCGGCAGCAGCCGGCACCGACGUGUGGGUCCUCAAGCUUGUGCUCACGCUCCUCCUCCCGGUGUUUGCCGCCGUCGUUGUCGUCGCUAUCGCUGCCCUGCUGUGGGUGGCCGGCAGGCUGGGCAUACCCUGGCUCUCGAACAAGUCAACCGCCGAGGUGACGUCGGCGGCGGGCCGGACGUGGUUCCAGAUCAUGGUUCUCCUCUUUCUCCCGCUGGCCUCGGCCGGGUUUUCGGUCUUUGGCUGCCGGCGCGACGAGUCUGGCCGGUGGCUCUUGGACGCUGAUCCGGCACGGAGCUGCUACAACGAUGCCUGGUGGCGCGGCCUCUUUGCGCCGGGCCUCCUUGCCGUCAGUGUGUACGGCUUUGGCUUUCCGGCAUGCGUCUAUGGCGUCCUCGUCAGCCGCCGCCGCAAGCUGGACGCUAUCACCUUUACGCUCCGAUUCGGCUUUCUUGUUGCCCGCUUUGUUGACACUGCGUGGUGGUUCGAGACCGCCAUCAUGGCGCGCAAGCUCGGCAUUGUCAUCGCCAUGACAUUUUUCUUUACCACCUCGGGCAAGGCCGCCGGCGCGCUCUUUGUUCUCGCAUGCUGCGUCGUCGACCUCGCACUCCUCCUUGGCGCUGUCGCCGCUGUCCUCUUUGCCGGCACCGUGGCCGAUGCCCACGUCCGAUCUAUUGGUAUUGUUGCCGGCAUCUGCGUCAACGUCCUCGCCAUUGUUGUUGGUAACGUCCUCGACUUCGUCCGCCUCGCCCGCGCUGAAAAGCGCGACGACGACGUGUUUGCGCACGAGACGGCAGUGCUUGACGGCGUCGACGACUGGGACACCGACGGCAUUGACAUCAGCUUGCAGUCCGCCUCGGACGCCUCGGACGACUUUUCGUCGAUCCCAACCCCCGCUCCGUUACCCGCCGGGUUUGCCGGCGACGACGCGCCGCGGGCGGUCUUUCCCUCUGUUGUCGGCCGGGCGCGAUACAACAGCGUGAUGGUGGGCAUGGGCGCCAAGGACUCGUUUGUAGGUGACGAGGCUCAGGCCAAGCGUGGCGUACUCACACUCAAGUACCCGAUCGAGCACGGCAUCGUGACCAACUGGGACGACAUGGAGAAGAUCUGGCACCACACGUUCUACAACGAGCUGCGCGUCGCGCCCGAGGAGCACCCGGUCCUCCUCACCGAGGCGCCGCUCAACCCAAAGGCCAACCGCGAGAAGAUGACCCAGAUCAUGUUUGAGACCUUUAACGCGCCGGCCAUGUACGUCGCCAUCCAGGCCGUGCUCUCGCUGUACGCCUCCGGCCGUACCACCGGCAUCGUCCUCGACUCGGGUGACGGUGUCUCGCACACGGUCCCGAUCUACGAGGGUUACGCGCUCCCGCACGCCAUCCUCCGCCUUGACCUCGCCGGGCGCGACCUCACCGAGUACAUGUCGCGGAUCCUGAUGGAGCGCGGGUACUCGUUCACCACCACCGCCGAGCGCGAGCUCGUUCGCGACAUCAAGGAGAAGCUGGCGUACGUGGCGCUUGACUUUGAUGCCGAGCUUGCGCUUGCGGCGGCGUCGUGCGGGACGACACGCGAGUACGAGCUGCCUGAUGGACAGGUCAUCACGAUUGGCAACGAGCGGUUCCGCUGCCCCGAGGCGCUCUUCCAGCCAUCGUUCCUUGGCAUGGAGGCUGCCGGCAUCCACGAGACCACGUUCAACACCAUCAUGAAGUGCGAGAUUGACAUCCGCAAAGAACUCUUCUCCAACGUCGUCCUCUCUGGCGGCACCACCAUGUUCCCCGGCAUGGCUGAUCGCAUGCUCAAGGAACUCAAGGCUCUCGCUCCGGGCGCUACCAAGGUCAAGGUCAUCGCCCCGCCUGAGCGGAAGUACUCUGUCUGGAUCGGCGGCUCCAUCAUGGCCUCGCUGUCAUCGUUUGAGCAGAUGUGGAUCACCCGCGACGAGUACGACGAGUGCGGUCCGGCCAUUGUCCAUCGCAAGUGCCUGUAGAAGUGGUGCGCACUACGUCAGCCGCGCGCCGACGCAUCCGCGUAUCACCAGUGGAUCUGCUCGGCCGCAUGCCGGCCCGGCCGGUGACGCGUGGGCCCAGCGCGGGCCUGGUCUCAGGCUCGCUGGUCGACACUGAGCUUAAGGACGUCACGCACGCCGGCUCGAUGGCCAGCUCCGGUUUUUUGUCGGCCAGCAGUGAGUCUUCUGGCUCAUCAGAGCUCGUUUCGUCAGCCACCUUGACGGACGCGCGAAAGAACCGCGCGCGGAGCCAGAGAAAGAUAAACGAGGCCAUCAAGACCGA